AUGAAUGGCUCGCAGUCGCGCAACCCGUCCGACUCGGCCAUGCAUGACGCCCGAGGCAGGAAGCCCUCGCUGCCUCAAGGCCAACCUCCUGCCAACAACACAAUGACCCGUGCCGAGCGCUUCGAGGAUGAGAAACGACGCAUGGUCGAGAGCUGCUUCUCCAAGCUCGACCAGAACGGACAGCGUGAGUCGCAUCGCUGCCUCGACCUGCACCCAGCUGCCCGUGCCCCGCUAACACCAAUACCUUCAAACNNAGUGGCCGAGUCGUACAUUACGCAUAUUCGCAUAACUGAAGAUGCCGCCCAUCCCUCGACCCCUCCUCCGCCGACCUCAGCCCCUGACAACAAGAAGCCUCGCAUCAUCGUCGUCGCUGUCCGUAGCACUGGCCGUGUUCGCAUGCACAAGGCUCGUGAGAACAACAACGGCUCCUUCUCCAUUGGCAAAACCUGGAACCUCGAGGAUCUGUCUGCCAUUGAGUCAUUCGCUCACCCUGAUCCUAAUGCUCCUCCACCUAAACAGAACCACUACCAAUGGGCCAGUAAUGUCGGCUUCGUUGUCACCAUCUCCAAACCCUACUACUGGCAGGCUGCCACGUCCAAAGAGAAGGAUUUCUUCGUUGCUAGCUUGGUCAAGAUCUACCGAAAAUACACAAAGGGUCAGGUCCCAGAUCUUCGUGGUUUCGAUCCUCGAGAUGUAGAACAGAUGCUAGGUUUGGCCCCUGGUCAGCAACAAGCACCACGUAGUUCGCCUGCUGUCCAAGAUCGCCAACCUCCCCAGAACAACCCUCCUCCUCGUCCGCCUUUUGCUGAACAGCAUCGCCCCUCAUCCCAAGACUCUCGUCAACGCUUUCGACCAACGCCUGAAAAUGGCGAGCCUCUUCCGCCUGGAGGUCUGCAACCCCAAUCUCGGCCUCCACCGGAGAGAGGUCUGCGACAAGUACCUAGCCGAGAACGUAUGCAAAAGCCGAGUCGUGAACCCAUGCGUGCUCCGAGUCGCGAGCCUAUGCGUGCCCCAAGCCGUGAGCCUGGUCGUGCUCCAAGUCGUGAGCCCAUGCAACGGGGUGCCGCUCCUCCACCACUGAACAAUGGCCCUCCCCCUGGUGCUCGACCUCGUCUGACUCCCAAAUCUUCGAGGGCCGAGUUGCAACAACCCACUAUGUCAGAUUCGCCCAAUGCCUCGUUUGCAUCAUCAAUUAGAUCCAACCAUAUUGUCUCCGAUCAACCUCCAGCGCACUUCAAUCAGCCGAAUGAACAAUCUGGAAAAUUGGCUCCUGCUCGUGCUGAAGGACGUCAGCAGAGUUACCAGAGUGUGCGGAGUGAGCGAAGUAUACAAAGUCAGCGUAGUCAUGAGUCUACUGAAGGAGCUCCCACUGAAGUUAGUAUGUUCACAUCGACGCUCAAUCAAUGGAAGCCUCCUUCGCGCGAAGUCUCACCCAUGAGACAACCUUCCCCAGGAAGCCUCACCCUGCCACUGUAG